GACUUUUUCGAAGCUCCGCGCGCGCGCCUCGACUUUUUCACGCCGCUCAAGAAUGUGUAUUUAUGGUGGUGUCUACCGCCCAUAUGCCAAAAAGUACACGGAGUCCCGCGCGUGAGUGAGUGCCAAACACAGCCUGCGAGUGCGCGUCUGCGGGAGCAGCGCUGCGCCUCCGGGGGCAGUUUGGACGCCGCCAAACCAAAGUGGAGGAUCCCGUUCGGCUUUAAAUCCUGCAGGCGAGGAUGGAUUUCUCAAAUUACUCGGACUUCCUGUUUCGGUGCCGCCGUUUUGAUGGACUGUGCUGGCAAUUAGUGUUUGGCACAUUCCUGCUGGAGCUCACUGUUGGACACGAGCACCUCUGCUCUGUUCCUGCAUAUACUUUUAUUUAUUCCAACAUAGAAAAAAACUCAUCAAUACAGAGAUUUAGGCUAUAUGAAUCAGCAACACUCAAUGUACUGAUAUAGAAAUCAGUGCACUACUUGUUGCAAUUCGAGUCUGAAAAUCUGCUGCUUUACAUUUAAAGGGAAUUUGCUUAAAGUAAAAGUCACUUCUUCGUCUGGAAAGAAGUGAAAAUAUAAGCUGUUAAGUGAAAAUGCCAACAUAUUAUUCAACAAAACCAGCUUUCAGAUGUGUCAGUGGAUUCUCAUUGUUUUUCCUGUAGCAUAGGUAAUGUCCAAAGUCCAGCCCAUUGGCCAAAUGCAUUCAGAUUUCCACCUGCCUCCCUGCUUCCAUCAGAAAAUCAUUCAUAUGUGGCCCCAGCACCUUCUGAAAACUCUCCUAGGAUUUGUUUUUUCCCCUCCUGAAGCCCUCGAGGCCGCAGCUCCAGGCUUUGAUGCCCACACUCUUAAAAGCUGUUGGACAGACAAAGGCAUGAGUGACACUGGGACCAAAGAGCAUUCUCCUGAGCCGAGCACUGCCCAGUCCACCGAAGAGCCCAAGCGCAGGGGCAGGGGUCGACCGCGGAAGCAGCAGCAGGAACCUGUGGGACCACCAACUCCAAAGCGACCGCGAGGGCGACCCAAAGGCAGCAAAGAUAAAGGCCCCAGAACUGCACUGAAGAAAGUUGAGCCUGUUGGGGAACGGCGACCACGAGGACGGCCAAGAAAAUGGCCUCGGAAAGUCGCUGCCGAAGUGUCUGAAAAGGAGCAGGGGCCUUCAGAGGAGGUCAAGGAAGAUCCCUCAACAUCUCAGGUGCCUGCGCAGGAGGGAGGGGAGUAGAUGGGAUACCUCUCUACCUACCUCAAGGUUUGGCCUCAGGCAGACGGGGGAGCAGUGCUUCCUGUUUCCGAUGGGGAUUCAGGAACACACACACACACAUUUUCACCCAAAAACCAUUGCUCUGUUGGUUCCUCCUGAUUUAAACAGCAACCUCGACUUAUUUAAACCUUUGUCUCCACUGUGACAAGCGAAUUCUGCUUUAACGCUGGUAUCAUCUUUUGGUAUGGCACAUUAUAAAGGCGUAGUUUGACAUUCUGAGAUGGCGUUUGAAUGUUUAGAGGAAGAGAUGUGCCUUUUUGUAAAGACAGGCAGGUGACAAAUUAAAGAAAAUGAAACACAAAGUGUCUUAACGAACAUCAAAUUGCACAAAAGCUUUUGUGGAGUUGUGUGUCGUUUAUAGAGCCCUUUUCGAAAACUGCUACAGAAACCCCUCAAAUUGCUUUACAAAAAUAGAUAAAAUAGUCAUCAUAAUAAAAAGAACAACACUCAUUCACAUUCUACAAAAUAAAGCAGGGAAAAACGGUCAAAAAAAUCACAUUAAACCACAAGGAAAUACCUAAAAGGUAAACUAAAAGAUGAGUUUCAAGUUUUUUCUUAAAAACCUCCAGAGUUUUUACAACCAGAUAUCAGCUGAUUUGCUGUGCUAAUGAUGGUGGGGAAGACUACAGCCUUUGUUCAAUUUCCCAUUUGGUUUUAAACUAGGCUGAACUUUUUGAGAACUUUUUAAGGCCACUUAUAUGAUGAGCCUUCCUUAAGGGAACCCCUCCCAAUCAAUGCACAUCACUAAAAAUGACUCGGGUUUGAUACGUCUUAACCUCCCUUCCUCAAACAUUGUCCAAAUUCUUUCCAGCUUCUUGUGGUAGAUGGUUGUGAUAGGUUAUUUAUUUAAUUUGUCACCUGUCCUGGCAUAGCAAUAAUAAAUGUUUUGAUUGAGGAUUUAAAAUCUGUUUUAACCCUAAAUCUAACAAAUUGUCCAAAAGUGAUCUUAUCUUUUUCGGGGGGAUUUUCUUUAAACAUGACAUCUAAACAGGUGAUUCUUCUUAAAGUUGAGUUCAUGUCUGUGAUGGGAUUUCUUAAACCCCUCAGUGUGUGUUGUUGUGCAGUGAGAGAAUAGAGUUGCAGGCUAGUAUGACAUGGGUUAAGAAACCAAACUGAAUCCUUUUUAACAUAUUUUCUAUUGCAAAUGUUGAAGAUUUUACAUUUCUACCAAUGUAACAACAUAGCGUGCUGUAUUCAUUCAUUUGAAGGUCUAUGUAAAAGGGUUUGUUCCACAAAUGAAAUGUCCAGUUUUCUACAUGUCAAGUACCUCAUGCUGAGACGUUAGCUCCGGUGUCAGUUUACGUUCAAUUCUUCUUUCCAGCCAACAGCCGGAACAACAAAAAUGUGCCUAAAAAUCGAAACGGAUAUUUCAUUCGAACAAUAAACCCUUACAUCUUAUACAUUAUUUUUUUUUCAUUUUACCACUCUCAGGAUUCCACUUUUGUCAGUGCUUUUCACCAUUUUGAAACCUCAGGUACAAAAAUAUUCAGGAACAUGAUGUCUACUCAGUAAUAAUUGUGGUGCUGUGUUUGUUGUGCAUUUCUGAUCUGUGUUUGAUAUUACCAGUAUGCCUUGACACAAAGACCUCAUUGAAACCUCAGUUAGCCUCAACUUCUAAAGAUCUCAUUCUACCUCAGUUACACGAGAAAUCUCCUAAAAAGUAACCCUUCACUCCCCCCCCCCCUCCCAGGCACUAUACUGCAAAUCCAAACACAAAUGUUUAACAGCUGAUGUGCAGAAAGACAAUGCAGACAUGUCAACACGCAGGAAAAUGUUACACUCCAGUUGAGGAGUGCAAAUAAACCAUCAAUGUCACAAAAACUGUGAUUUUAAAAAAAAAAGAAAAACAUUGAAGUAUAAUAAAAUGCAGCCAGUGGUUUACAACUUGAUAAAAUACUUGGUAUUAGUUUAGUAAAAUACUUCUUUUCUUUUCUUGUUUUGUUAGGUUUUUUUUUUUUUUGGUUUGUUUUUUUUAUGUUUUUUAGGAGCAAUGUAUGCAGUUGUCAUUUAUAUUAUAUCAUGUUUGUUUCUGAUUCUUACACUGAAAAUUGCAACACAUCAUGGCAGCGAACAGCCCAAAAAAUACUGAAAUACAUGGGAGUUGUGUCUCAGUUUGGCCACAGCUUGUACUCAAACAACUUAACCUACAAAAACAAAACACCUCUUUUUUUUUUUUAGUGUUGUGGAAAGCCCUUGUAAAACAAGAUGCAUAAUAUUACUGACUUAUUCAACCUGUUAAAGCUUUGGCAUUCAGUCUUACACACUGAACAACCUUCUGGUUAAUGAUUCUCACGGCUCCAUUCAAACACACUUAAGAAUGUGACACAAAAAAAGAGCUGCAAGGGCUGACAUUCUAUUUGUGUAGGAUGCAACUGGCAGUUUUUUGACUUAGUCCAUGCCAGGAAUGAACGUGUCUUGUGUAACUUUUAGUUCUCUUACCAAAGUUAAAUUUUGUCUCAUUCAAAAUAUUCCCUUCUAACAUGUUUCUGAGUUUGAGAAAUGAAUAAGUGAGAAAUUCCAAAACUUAUGACUAAUUCAUCCAUUAACCUCAUUAUAAAUCUCACUCUACUAUAUUCUUUUUCUUGUAAAAUCACUACACUCCUGUUUUUCACUGAGUUAACAUCAGGGAAAUGCAAAAUUAAAAGAACAUAAAACUGAAAUGGAACAAAAAAAAUUUUUGCUAACAUCAUGCUAAUACGAAUUAGUUCUUUAUUUUAUUUCAAAAUAUUAUUUACUUGUGUUUUUCAUAGAUAAAAAAAGUUAAAAGAAAUAUCAGAUAAGAAAAACAAAAUAAUAAAAACCGACUAAUAGUAAAAAGAUAUUUAAUCCACACAGAGAAAACAGCUACAUUAGCUUUGCUUCACACGUUAGCCUUAAUGCUAACAUGCAGUUGAUCCCUGACGUUACAAGGUCCGCAAAACCUCAGUAUAGUAAUGGACACCUAUCAGUAUGCAUAUUUGACAGACUUUUCUUUGCAGUUCAGUGUUUACAUUCACCAGUAAGAUGUUUUAUUCCCAAAUUUAAUGUAUUUUUGCUUCAUUGGUUCAAUGGGUUGAAUUCAAGUAAGGGAUUUUUUUGUCAUAACAUACUACCACACUGAAAUAAAGAAAACAUGUACAUUCACUUAAGUUACAUUUAAAUUACAAAGCUCAUGAUAAGAAUUUAUGAAAAUCAUUGCUGGGUUCUAGAAAUGGUUGAGAAAAUUAAGCUCACAAGGCUUUUAUGUAGAAUGGGAGUGGAGUUAUCGUGUUUUGUGGAAUGUAACACAGCUACAAUUACAUAUCGGAUCAUAAUAGGAAGUUUUCUGACAAAUAAGUAAUUUAAAAUGUUAUCAUUAUUCUUUCUCUGACUUUACUCAGACUUUCAAUCUAAAAGAUAAACCAACUUAAUAACUAACAAAAUGCAGUAGAAUAUUGAUAUCAUGAGGCAUAAGGCAUUAUCAUGUACUCUGGGUCAACUGAUCACAGGUUAUACAGUUAAUAAAAUUCUUCAGUACACAUUUAGGACAUUCUGAUGUGCAUCACAUUCAUAGAUAGUGUUACAAAAAUGUGAAGUACAAAAAUGAAGUUUCUUAAAUUGGUGUAAUGUCCUUUAAAGAAACAUGUUAGUUCAUUUUAUUAAAAUGAAAUUGAACUACAACAAGCUCAGUGCUGAAGCUUUACAGCAAGGAAUGUAUUAUUUCUAUAGACAACUCACAUAAGUGUAAUGGCCAGUAAAGUUUUAUUUUUUACAUUUAUUCCAGAUACACGUCUGUUUAAUGACAUAUCAUGCUUUAACUUAAACAGGUUGUGUUUUUACUCACAGAUUGGGAAGCAAUCACAAAACUUGAGAUGUAGGUAGAGGCAUGUAAAAAAUAGUAAACAUGAUCUGAUGCAAAACACCUGAAAUCAUCGGUAUUUCUAGCUUCUAUAACAUUAUCCUUAAAAAAUAAGUCUUAAACCAACCUCUAGUUUAGUUUUUUUUUUUUACACUUUGUUGAUGAGGAUUUGCGCACUUACACCCUGAAAUGACUAAUCCUUAAAUGCCAACCUCUUUAGAUUUUUAGAUCUCUUUUAGCAAACAAUUACUCAAAAUGUGUCAAAUAUAAGAUGCUCCUUACUUGAAAACCAACUUUUUUUUCUUGAUCUGCAAAAUCUUUUCAACAUCCACAUAUACUCUGUUGUUUUCCGUGUAUUUCAGCAUUGCUGAAUAAACUCCUGCCAAAUAACUGGUUCUUUCAAUGUUGGAUUGAGUUUUUGCGCCAUGGACUACCUCUGAAGAAAACGAACCACAGAUCAUUGUACCUUGAAAAACCUGUCAAACUAAUACUAUUGUAGUCCUCACAUCUCAUCUCACUACAUUCAUGACCAUAAGUGAAUGGGACUCAGUUUGAAGGGUUGUUUCCUAAUUUACCUCUAGCUGAGCUAUGGUGGGUUAUUUUUACACAAGUUGUGUUUUGGAUAUUUACUCUCUAUAUGUGGAUAAUGUUGUUCUGUGAUCUUACUGAUAGUUUCAUACAGUACUUGAUCCAUUUUCAACUCUUGAAAAAGUUGAAGUGUAACUUGAGAAAUAAUCUUUUAUGCCUUACUGUUAACUCCCUUUUAUAGUUAUGUUAUUGAUAUGUCUUCAUCCAGUUUAUUAAUACAGCUCACAAACACC